GCCACCACAAGCAGCCUGGUAGCAUAUCUGUCUCGUGGGAGAUCGUGUCAACCAAACACCACCGUGCGUGUCAGCCAUGUCGCUCAUGCCUUGGUUCGGCGGCGGCCGGGGAGGGAUGGACCCCUUCUCCUCCGACCUCUGGGACCCCUUCGGCGCUUCGUGGCCCUUGGACGCCGGACGCCGAGGCGGCGAAGGCGGCAGCCGUGACGACGCCACCGCCAUGGCUCGCACCAACGUCGACUGGCACGAGAACGACAAGGAGCACAUCUUCUCGGCCGAGAUCCCCGGGGUGAGGAAGGAGGACGUGAAGGUGGAGGUGGAGGACGGCAACGUGCUCAAGAUCAGCGGGGAGAAGACGCGGGAGGAGGAGCACAAGGGCGACGCCUGGAACCGGGUGGAGCGCAGCUUCGGGUCCUUCAUGCGACGGUUCCGCCUGCCGGAGAACGCCAAGGCGGACGGCAUCCGGUGCACCAUGCAGGACGGCGUGCUCAGGGUCGUCGUGCCCAAGGACGAGCAAGCCCAGAAGCAGCGCAACGUCCGCUCCAUCGACAUCGCCUAACGGCUAAAAGCACCGCACCGACGCAUGCAGUCAACGGCUUCCUAGCGUGACAUGCCCUCUCCUUCAACACCACUGAACUAUGUAUGGCGAUGACGUGUCUCUUACUUUAUUUGCGUGUACUGGUAGUAGCCAAUCUGUAUCGUGUGUUCUAUUUUAGCAGUAUGUACUGUAAGGCUAGGCUAUUCUGUACGGUAGUUUAGAAGUGUGUUGUAUGCGCCAUAUAGCUACGGUAGUUUAGAAGUGUGUUGGAUGCGCCAUAUAGCUGCUACAGCAUACUGUACUUCCCAUCUUCAGUAUCCAUCGUAAACUGCAGUACGAAGGACCAGAAAUAGAUUUUUAA